GAGAAGCUGCAGCAGCCAUGUCUCUGUCUGCAGACCUGAGCUGCCUGCAGGCCAGCCAGGGAGCAGAGCGGGAAGAAGCGCUCACAAAGCUGGAGAAGCAGCUGAUGUGUCCUAUCUGCCAGGAGAUCUUCAACAAGCCUGUGGUCAUCCUGCCCUGUCAACACAACCUCUGCAGGAAGUGUGCUAACGAGCUCUACAAGCCAUCUCUGUUCCACGCUCGAACCACCAUGCUUGUGAAUAGUGGCCAUUUUAAAUGUCCGUCCUGCAAACGUGAAGUGGUGCUGGAUCGCCACGGAGUGUACGGCCUGCAGAGGAACCUGCUGGUGGAGAACAUUAUUGACAUCUACAAACAGGAAGUCAACAACGUCCCGAGCCCCAACCCUCUUUCUCCCCCUCCUCCUCCUCCUCAGGCAACAUGUUCUGACCAUGAAGGUGAAAAGCUGAACAUCUACUGCCUCACCUGUCAGCUUCCUACCUGUUCUCUCUGUAAAGUGUUUGGAGUUCAUCAGACCUGUCAGGUGCUUCCUCUGGCUGACAUCUACCAGCAGCAGAAGGAUAAACUGAGUGAAGGUGUAACCUCCCUGGUGGCGUUCAGUGACAGAGUCCAGUCUGUUCUCAACGAGCUGGAGGAGACUCGUAGAACCGUAGAGGAGAACUACAGGAUUCAGAAACAGAGUGUGUGUGACAAAUUCAGCUGUUUGUUUUCUAUUCUGGAGGAAAAACGCAAGGUAAUGACCCAACAAAUCACUUCUGACGAGGAACAGAGAAUAAGUGAGACCCAGAUGUUGGUCCGUUGCUGUGGUACCAGCAUGGAGGCCAACAGGAAGCUGGUGGAGAGCACAGAGAGCAGCAUGGAGGAGCUGGACAUGGCUGCCUUUGUUGAGAAUUCAAAAGAGCUGAUCACAAGAGUGAUGGCAGCGACCAGCUCCUGUCCUUCAGAGACCCUAAAACCAAGUUUUGAAAAUCUGAGCUCCUAUGAAUUUAAUUUCAGCAGACAAAAGAGAGCUCUAAAGAGAAUUGACUUCAUCAAAGUUGUAAAUGAUGUUCCUGAAGAACCAGAAGUCAGUCCAGAGCCAGAAGAGCCAACAGUCAGUCCAGAGCCAGAAGAA